AUGAAGAAAAAACCGGAAAAAAAAAAAGGGACAGAUACAGAAUCAUCACCACCACCGGCCACCAGGAAGAAGAGGGUGGCAGCUGACAAAGACGGCGGUGAUCAACUAAAUAAAGAAAGUGGUGGUGAUGAUUUGGAUCAUGAGAUUCAUACGUGGACUGAAAGAGAGAGGAGGAAGAAGAUGAGGGACAUGUUCGCAAAUCUUCAAGCUUUUCUUCCUCCUAAGACAGACAAGUCCACCAUUGUCGACGAAGCUGUAAACCACAUUAGGAUGCUACCAAAAACUAUUGAGAAACUCGAGAAACAGAAGCACGAGGAACUCGCAACAAAGCCGGGGGAGACAGUUUUAGCCGAUGAAGGAUCUUCCAAGAAUAACUUGCCUCCAUUAAUGCCUCAAACUCAUUUUCAUUCUCACAGAUUCCCGUCUUUUUUCAGACAUGGUCUUCUCUUAAUAUGAGCCUAAACAUAUGAGGACAAGAUGCCCAAAUCAGCAUUUGUUGUCUGAAGAAGGCCGGGCUUUUCACUGCCAUUUACUAUGUUUUGGAGAAGCAUAAAAUUGAAGUGGUUUCUGCUCAAGUUUUAUCCGAUCAUCAUAGAAGCAUGUACAUGA